ACCGACGCACCGCGACGCGACGCGGCAUGACGCGACGCGACGCGACGCGACUGCCUCGGGCGCAGUCAGUACCGAUUCAGCGGCCGAUUUGGAGGGCUGUUCUUUUCUCGAUUCUUCUUACGGACGCGCGCCGAGGAAGGAGGCCGAGCGAGCGACGCGAAUCUUCCCAAAGAGAGUCACAACGCGAGAAAUCGCAAUGCGGGUGAAGCUGCAGCUGCUGCUGGUCGCGCUGCUCCUGGCGGUGCUGAUAAUCGACGUGUCUGCUCAGCGUAAACGGAAAUAUCGCCGUCGAAGGACCACAACGGAGGCACCCUUGCAAGAUGAGAUCAUGAACAUGUUGGAAGCUGACGAAACGGCCGAGGAGGAGGCGGCGGCUGACGCUGAGCUCACUCUCGAAAAUGGCAGAAAUGAGGUUGGAUCGAAGCAGCAGCGUUUGCUCCUGGCGGACCCGUGCACGGAUAAACACUGCGGCGCUGGUCGCGUUUGCAAGACUACGGAGGAGGGUACGGCUGAGUGCGUUUGCGUGGAGGUCUGCAACCAGGAGGUCGAUCCCCGCCGCAAGGUGUGCACCAACUACAACGAGACCUUCGGCAGCGAUUGCGAGGUCUAUCAGGCGCGUUGCUUCUGCGACACCGGUGACGCCAGGUGCAAAGGCAACGAUUAUCUGCACGUCCACAUUGAGUAUUACGGGGAGUGCCGACAAAUGCCUAUGUGCAAGGAAGAGGACAUGGCCGAUUUCCCCAGACGAAUGCGCGACUGGCUGUUUAACAUCAUGCGCGACUUGGCGGAUCGUCAGGAGCUGCCGUCGCAUUACCUAAAGAUGCAGCGCGAAGCGGAGAUGAAUCACACGUUACGUUGGACGAACGCGGCCAUUUGGAAGUGGUGCGACUUGGAUGGUCACCCGCAUGACCGAUCCGUGUCCCGCCAUGAACUCUUCCCGAUAAGAGCGCCCUUGAUGGCCCUCGAACACUGCAUCGCUCCCUUCUUGGAUUCCUGUGACGCUGACAAUGACCACAAGAUCACGUUGAUCGAGUGGGGCAAGUGUCUGGAGCUCGACGAGGACGACAUAGACGACAAAUGCGAUGAGCUGGCGGAGGCAAAGCACGAGCGCUAUUAGAGCUUCUCUUCCUCGACGGGAGACGGGCGCGGGCACGAUCGAGACGAACGAUGCACGUGGAACAAUAGCAGGACGACACACACACGGACGAGGGCGCAGAGAACCCGGCCAGGUGACGCGCAGCGGAGGAUCAGGGGCAGAGGCAGAGAGAAAGAGAGAGAGAGAGAGAAGGAGAGAGAGAGAGAAAGAGGAGGAGAGAGAACGGUACACACUGGACCGGGUAAAAAUGGCGGGAAAAAUCGUGGGCUGCUGGCGCCGCGUGAACGGCGACGCGGCCAACGCGCAGUCUCCGCACCUCGACGAGUCGAUACCGCGCCGCGCGCGCGAGAGAGGCAUCUCUCUUGCGUCUCCCUGAUGUCUUGGCCGGUAUACGUGCCAACAACCGACAAGCGGCACACCAGUGCUGUCGACUCAGAGCCGCCGGCCGCCGCGCCUCAAUAAUCCAAGCUCCCGCUUGCGCACGUCGUCGACGGGUACUCGUGAUCACAGUGGAGCGGUACGCAGUAAAACAGAGUCGGGGCUUUCGAGUGCCGUAUCCCGACCUGCCUUUUCGAACAUUCGUGUGUCGACGGCGUCUCGAUACUUAUGAUCGCGCGAUUCGAUUAAUUUGAAUUCGAGUGGAACGCGAGUGUGUCGCGCUGCCGACACGCACGUAUCAAAGGGUUAGGCCGACAACGCAACAGGAAAACGUAAGCAGCGAAACUUGAGCAGUGAACAAAUUGACCGACCACUGUCGAUGAUCCUUCCCACGGUUCAGGAAUAAUCAACUAUGAUUGAUCAAUCUUCUUACUGCUUAAGUUUUUCUGUGUAUCCGGACUUUUAAACUUGAUUUACGAUGUGUUUUUUGUAAAUCCUGUUUCUUUCUUUUUAUCUCUUUCUGACUCCAACCUUUGAGCUUGAUCUACAAUGUGUCGUUUUGUCUCUUGUUUCUUUUUCUUUAUCUCUUUCUGACUCACACCUUAAGCCUUCAACUAAAAAAAGACAGAGAACAAGAAACAGAAAGCAAAAAGCAAAAUUGUAGAUUAGACUUUAAUUAUCGUGCGAGUUAUGCACUCGAGGGCACUCGGCCGUUCGUCGCUCGCAGAGACGCCGCAAGUUCUCCGCGGGUAUCCGCGUGAUCAGAAAUAUCCGUGCGCGAAGAGAGAAACGAGAGCGCAUUUAAAAGUCUGGGAGACUCCACGUGAACGCGAAGCCGCAAGUAUACAUCAUCAACUGAGAUAUUCACGUGCGUGUCGUUCGCUCCUCGUCGUCCGACGUUGAUUCUCUGUGGAAAUUUGUCUUUUUUUCUUCUUUUUUUUUCGGAGGUUUCGCUGUUUGGAAGUACGUCGCUCGCCAACUCGUCACGCUGAAUGUAAAGAGGAUUCGCGAUAGAAGGGUGCCCGGCUCGUCCGCGUUCGUUUUUGUAGCAUAAAUCCGCGUGUUUCCCGACCCGCCGCGCACGCAUUUUCCAUGUGCGAUCUUUUGUAUGAAAUCACUGCCUCUUUUUUCUGCCAAUAAAGAGAAACAACGCUGUUACUUCGAGCGAGUUUCUUUUUCACAAAAAAGAAAGGGAAAAGAAAUGAAAAGAAAAGCCAUUCACCUGUCCGCCAGCGUUUUCAUUACUCGAGCUUGCACGAUUGCGCUGUUUUCCGCCUUGUCCUCUCAUAACAUGCCAGAGACGCGCGUUAUGCAUUUGAUAAUUAUUAUCGGAAUUAAUUAUCGGAAACUGCAGUGUGCAACUGCCACGCAUGCGCUGUUUUGUGCAUUUCGAUUUAUUAUUGCGCGAAAUGGAAAUGCACUUCGUGGAAAAUCAACUCUCCACGUUACCUCGCGCGGAGCUCGGUUUCGCACGAAUCAAUAUUACUGCGCAAGAAUUUCAUCGUCAAUGAUACUUUGUCGAUGCAAUUUCACGGCGUGUUGCGUGCUGCAACGAUUAUUGGAGAGAUACUGUUGCUGACACAAUAGUUUGCAUACAUUAAUGACCGUGUCAGAUCCGUUUUGUCUGCAGCAUUGCCUCACAUGCCCGACAUCUCGGAGCUUGUUAUCUGCGCUUGUAAUCACACAAAAUAGUUGCGUAAAUAAUCGUACGCUCACAAAAUAGUUGCGUAAAUAAUCGUACGCUCGACGAAUAAGGAGAAUUGUUGGUGAAAUCGAUAACAAAAUUGCGUAUUUCUGCCGCACACUUUGCAAUGCGUCGCUUUUAACCCUUUGAGUCCCGAUGUAUCCUUAACCCUUUAGCCACCAACGGGAUAUUCCGUUACUAUUGAUAAUAAUCUUAUUUAAUUAAAUAAACAGCUUUUUGUGUUCAGAA